CCGUUAUUAUACAAAUCUAGUAUCUAACAAAAACUAUUCUGGCAACACUGGUCAAUGUCAAAAUUGCCAAAUUAUAAUUAGUAGGGUUAGGGUUAUAAAAACAUUUUCUUUUCUACAAUACAAUAUUUUCGUCAAAUCUCGCAAAAUGGGUAAAUUAGAAUUAGUCCAAUCACUAAAAACCGAUUCUGGCAGAAUAUGGAACGUCAGUUGGCACCCCAAGGGCACAGCACUAGCCUCUUGCGGUGAAGAUAAAUCGAUCAGGAUAUGGACCAAAGACCUCAGAGGCAAAUGGAUAAACAAAGUGGUUCUAACAGACGGUCACAAACGCACGAUAAGACAGAUUGCCUGGUCCCCAUCUGGUAAUUAUUUAGCCUCCGCCAGCUUCGAUGCGACUACGUGCAUUUGGGAUAAAAAAUGUGGCGAGUUCGAGUGUAAUGCCACUUUAGAAGGCCACGAUAACGAAGUUAAAAGCGUAGCUUGGUCUAGCUCGGGACUGUUUUUAGCUACGUGCAGCAGAGACAAGUCUGUAUGGGUUUGGGAAGUUAAUGAUGAGGACGAGUACGAUUGCACUUCUGUGAUCAAUUCUCAUACCCAAGAUGUUAAAAAGGUAGUUUUUCACCCUAGCGACAACUUUUUGGCAUCCUGUUCCUAUGAUGACACCAUCAAACUAUACAAAGAUGAACCUAGUGAAUUCGAAUGGAUUUGCUAUGAAACCCUAAAAGGCCACACUUCGACUGUAUGGAGCAUCAGCUACGAUUCCACAGGCACUCGCCUGGCUUCCUGCAGUGAUGACUGCACUGUAAAAAUAUGGAAGGAAUACCCAACAGGAUUCCCGCCUGGGAACGGCGGCCCCACGUGGAAAUGCAUCUGCACUUUAGAUGGGUACCAUGACAGGACAAUAUAUGAUAUAAGUUGGUGCCAUUCCACUGGUUUAAUAGCAACCGCUUGCGGCGAUGACUGCAUCAGGGUGUUCAAAGAGGACGCCGGUUCUGAUUCGGACGCUCCCACUUUCAGUAUGGUUACCAAAGAAAAGGGGCACAACCAGGAUGUGAAUUGCGUUACGUGGAACCCUGAAGUACCGGGUUUGUUGGCGUCGUGCAGCGAUGACGGGGAUAUCAAAUUGUGGGAGUUUAAGAAAUAGAAUUUAGAUGGAAUUAUACAAUUUUUGUACAAAGUUGUUUUUUUUAUUAUUAUUAUUAUUAUUAUUAUUAUUAUUAGCGGUUUAGUGUAAGUUUCAUUUUGUUUUUUUUUUUAAGGUUUGUUGUUGGUUAUCUAGAUCAAAAAAUGUAUUUAAAGACUUGGAUAGUUUUGUAAAUAUGUAAAAUAAACAUUGGAAGUAUA